GUUCAAUUCCUUUGUGCAUUCAUGGACAAAGAAGCAGCGGAUCGCCGCUCCAUGAUGUCAAGUAUUAAUUCCUGACAAGAUGCAAGUGAAUACUUCAACAUCUGUCCCGCGUGUUUAUUGGAAUCUUCCUCUGUGAACAAAUAUGGAAGAUGGCGACGACUAGUGCAUCACCAAGGUUUGGUUUGGCCUCUAUCGCCAACCUAUUUGACCGAACGAGCAAAGUCUCGUCUUCAAGAGGUAAAUCAGGAAUACAGAACUCGCGACUUGUAACCCCGAAGACUGUUGCUUUGGACAAGGUAUCGACUUCGUCCAUCUCUGGUUCAGAAUGGAGCUCUGGUUCCUGGGAGACCGAUGACGACGAAAGUUCAAGCGGAAGCACACACUACAACUCCGAUGAGGUGUUAGAAGAGCCGCCAGCAAAUAUUUUCGGGAGAAAAUCUCAUGUUGAUCCCAUAUUGAGAGCCAUCGAUCUCCAAGAUAAAGCCGGGAUAUUUGUUACCAGUCUAGCUGGAGAAGGACGAGAGGGGCGUGCUCUAUCCCAAGCAACUUCGGCAUGGCUUGCAACCCACGAGGGAAGAAGGCGCUUGUGGACAGACUUUGUUUCUAAUCGCGAUGAACCAUGCGCUGUGUGUAAUGCAACCCGAGAAGAUGCUGUUCGCUCUGUCAUGGACAAAGAUCUCGGGUUUUGCAGCUCACUCAACCUCAAAUACAAUGAUUCUGAACAGUACGCCUGGUCAUUCGGCCACCGAUACAUAGUCAUAGAGAGACAGUACUGGAGCCUCCGACCAGAUCAAUUACCUCCUGAGGUGUGGGCGGCAAGACUCUUACGGAAGUAUACCACGGUGCCAGUCCCAGAGGUCGUUGCGGCGUGGAAAGAGGGACAAGUCGCCAUCACCAUCACCGAGCGUGCGCGAGGUUGGCCUCUGGCACAGACAUGGUACUCCCUUUCCGAAGACAAACGACACAGAAUCGCAGAGCAAGUAGCCGAUUUUGUAAAGCAAUGGAGAAAAAUGACAUCAGCCAAAAUAUCAAGCCUCGAUGAAGGUCCAUACCUCUAUCCGGAUCACCUCAUUGGUGGGUCUGCUGGCCAUUCGGUCUAUUUCAAGGACGAGUCUCAAUACCGCGAGCAUGUCCGGAGACGGUUCGAAUCGCAGGGAUGGGAUGACACCAUCACGAAUUUGGCGAUGAGGCUCAUGCCGAUGAACGAGCCAUUUGUCUUUACCCAUGGCAAUUUGACUCUCAAUAGCAUUUUUGUCUACGGUACUAAAGUAACAGCCAUCGUGGGGCUGGACAAAGCAGCUUACCUGCCAGUAUGGGCCGAAUCGUUGGCUAUACACUUUGCGCAUGGCCCCGCUGAACGGCAGUGGAAGGCAUUACUCUUCGGUUACGUUGGGUACGAGCAAAUCAAGUCUUAUUGGGACGUGUGCCAAGAUCUCCUGGUUGCAAGCUUCAAAGGAGUGCAAGGGGCGACUGAAAGUGGUAAACGCGAAACAAUACAGGCAUUGUUGGCUACUAUGGUCGAGCAGAAAGAACACCGUGAAUCUGAAGCAGCGAAGCAAGUAAUUCAAUCGAAGCAGAAUGGGUUAAUGCAGGAGGUUGAUGAAGGGGGAGUGCAAAGGCCAACACAGAGCGAAGGCAAUAAUGAGAAGCCCAAAGAGGACAGGAUGUCUAGUCAAAGUAAACAAACAAAGACUGAUCAUAGUUCCAACAAUGAAAAGAUGCUAAGCGAAAAGACUACCAAUCUUGUCAUCAUGAGCGACUCGAGCACACAGACAGAUAAGCCGACUACACCAAGACCUCUAUCUCAACGGCCGUUAUCGCAUGUAUUCAGAAUGAAGACCGCAAGAAAGGAUCUUCAGGUUCAAGGCCAACCAUUUACCCCCCGGCCAAUAGCAGCACGAAGAAAACCGUCAGUGUUUCAUGCAGCUAGCGGUACACAGGCCCAAAACUAUUAUCCGAAUGGCUUCAGUGUUCUAGAUAAGAAAGGGGAAGGGUUGAAGUGUGCGCUAGAGGCUAUUUACGACAGCUUUACGGCACAGUAUCCGGAAAGGAGAGGCGAGAUCUCAUUGCGUAGUUUGGGACUACAAUUCCUGUCAAUCAAACAACCUCAAAUUGGUGUCACGGUCGGAGCAGAGUAUUUUCUAGAAAAGCUGGCCAAAACGUUGCAAGCGUGGGGAAGGAGCCUCUCUGAACCUCUUGAUCUACAACUGGGCUGCAUUUUGAUUGAUGGGAGAGAAUGGUUGGACCCAAGUAGUGACGGGGCAAACUCAGGCACCAAAGCUAUCUGGAUCACAAACGUUAAUGCGGAUGGUAUCAUGACUUUCAAAUCUGCCGAGGACUUUCGUGGACUAGCGCCCAACCGUGGCAAGUUAGGUGUUGCCUCCGAUUCUGAAAUAAGUCCUACAAAAAUCGGCAGCAAGGGUUCUAUUGUUCAAGGUCUGAUUGAUGUCACAGGUGAAGUGGACGGUACAGACUUCAAGGUUACAGGAAUCGACUCUGGCGACAGACAAACCCAGAACAUCAGCGAAAUGUCUGAGGUCCAUGGAAAUGAUGAUAACGAUGUCCAAACCAUGCCCUUUGAGACCAGGGACUUGUGA